CAAACAAGUGUUACACGAAAAAUAAAGUCGCCUGCGUAAAUACAAGACAGAUUUUUUCAUUUAUUUGGAGUUGGCGUUAUAGCUCUUAAGUUGGCCAAAUAACUCUUCAAUCUUUCCUCAGAAACAUUGAAACAACCUAAACCACAAAAAAAGGAAUACAAGACAGUACAAUUUGUAAUAAUUUAUCAUUUGCAUAGGAAACAUGGAUAAGCGAUCUAAAGAGUCGCUGCGGCGUUAUAAGAAAUCCAGGCAACAAUCCAGUUCUGAUAGUUCCAGCAGCUCUGAGUCUGAUUCUUCUGGAAGUUCAUAUUCAAGUUCAGACAGCGAACGGCAUCGACGAAAAAAGGCUCGCCAAACUACUGCUGGCACGUCACGUCGUUCCAGUAGCUCUUCUACAGAAGAACGAAGAAAGCGGGAAAAGCGUGAGCAUUGCCAAAAAAAGCUUGAGGCCAAACGUAUUCAUCUAAAACGCAAAUUAAAAGAAGCUAAAUUAAAGAAAAGGGCCGCUGCCGCCGCUGCAGCUUUAAGCGGUCACAUCGGCCACAGAUCGCUUUCACCCACCACACAGGCGAAAUUGAAAAAACUUGCAGAACGUAAGCAUCAACGUGCUGCAAGCAAAGAACGAAGGGAACGUGAACGUGAAAAACAUCGCGCUGCUGUUGCAAGAGAAAGGGAACGUGAGCGGGACCAUCAUCGCACAGGGUCGCGUUCACCUACCAAAAUAACGAAAAUUCGUAUUCACCAGGACAUAAAACGCCAGAAGAGCCCACCUCGAAUGCAUCAUACGAUGAUGUCACGCGAGAAGAUUAUAAUUCAGACUCGAACUCGAGAACGAACACCUUCGCCCACAGCUGAGCGACAACGGCAUGAUCACAAAAUGCGACAUGAAGAGUUGGUAAGAGAACGAGAAAGACGAGAUCGUGAACGGGAACGUGCUGAACGUGAAGCUGCACGCGAUAAAGAGCGGGCUGAGGCUUUGGCACGCUGUCAAGAACGCCAACGUGAAAGGGAACGUUUGGCUAGGGAAAAACUACGAAGGGAGGAGGAGGAAAAAAAAUAUGUUGGGAUAAGUGGUGAACGUGGAGAACGAUUAUUGCCACGACCCGCAGAAAGAGAACUGGCUAUGGCAGCAUCUCGUGGUUAUAAUAGUCGUGAGCGGUCCUUGGAAGCUAUUGAGAGAUCCCGUCAUAUGUCAAAACGUGAAUUAGAUGCCUAUGAAAGAGAACGAGAAUAUAUGGAAGCCGAAAGACGUACUUUGCUUAACCGGGACGAUUUGCGACGUGAACGUGAAUAUUUACCUGUACGGCGACGCGAAUUGAGCCCAGUAGGUGAACAUUACUCUGCACGAUUGAGGGACCCAAGGGAUGUUUACCCCGAGGAAGAUCGGGAUAGGGUUUACAACCGAGCUUAUAUUGAAGAAGCGCAUCAUGGACGAGAGCGAGAGAACGCUUGGCCCCGCGAAAUACGAGAACGAGAAAUUCAUGAUUUACGCGAAGCUAGAGACCAACGAGAUAACCGGGAUCCUCGCAAUUUUCGAGAAAUGGAGCCCGAGCUUAUUUACCCUGAUGAAAGAGAGCGGUUGAUUAGGAAUAGAGAACGUGUGCGCGAGGAAUGGAAAGGUGAAUGGGAUGCUAGCAGGGAACAGGAGUGGAAUGACACUCCUCCAAUAACUGGACGUGGCGGUUUUGUAGGUGGUCCGAAAAGGAACGCAGCCAUAAUAGGUGGCGGCCCUAAUUCAGGGCCUCCAAAACUGGCACCACGUGAACAGCGAGCCCUCUCAGAGCCUGAUUGGGAUACAGAUGAGGUACAGAAAAAUGUAGUACCUAAUAUAAGUAAGGCAGAUGGAUCUAGUUUUGGUAUAAGUUCGGGACAACGCGAUACAUGGGGGGAUCAUGAUCAUCUGGAGAUACCACCAAAACGUGAGAAAGCAAUAGCACCUCCUCGCCAGGAAGGAUUAGAUCGGCGUUGGCAAAAUGAAUGGCGCGAAGAUGAAGAAACCAUGCAACGGGUUGGCAGCGGUGGUAGCGGAGGAAAUGUAACCGCAUCCCUACAUCACCAUCGCAGCGAGCGUGGCGGACGAAAUUUUCGAAGAGGAGGUGGUGGCGCAGUGGGCCAAGACCACGCAGAUCGGAAUGCGCAAGGACUCAGAAUGCAUCCACCACCUCUAAUGACACUGCCCGUUCAACCGCCCGUAGCAGGUUUUCUUGGCGGUAACCCAAGAUUUCCCAACAAAAGCAAAAUGACUUAUACAAAUCCAAACCUAAUUAAGAAACAGCAUGCUGCGGUCGCAGCCGCAAAAGCAGCUGCCCAAGCAAGUGCUGUAGCAGCGGCGAGCACAGCUGUUGCAGCCGCUAAAGCAGCAGCGCAAAGUGCUGCAAAUGCCACCACAAAUCCAAGCAUACUGGGGCAAGCUACCAAUCUAAUACGACAACAAAAUGAACCAUUUAUUAUUGAUGAUAAGCCGGAAUCUGGUGAGCUUUUGCACGAGACUGAUGGUAAUAAAAAAUUGGAUGGGGCCACUUUUAAAAAGUGUGAUAACUUCUCAGUACUAGCCAAUCCCAUAGUCAAUGACGGAAGAGCCAGUGGUGAGCUAAGUGAAAUUAGCGAUAGCGAUGAUGAUAUUCUCAACAAAGGGGAGAAAAAGUCUCGAACAGAAACAGAUGACGACUCCACCAUGAAAGUUGAUGGUAUUUCGGAACAAGAGGAUUUUAUGCGCGCGAAUGACGACGCUGGUAUUGUGGAUGACAAGCAUGAUGAUGAUGAAAUGCUCGAUUUUGAAGAAAUUUCAGACGGAGAACUGGAGGAAGAUUCUCGAAACAAAGGAGUUGGCGAUGCCUUAGGUGUUGACUGGGCCUCUCUAAUUGCAGAGACGAAGCUUCAAGCUGAGAAUGCUGCUCCUGGAGCAACCGAACAACUAACUACAGCAAAACAGAAGUGGCAACCACAUCGUAUUAUUCUAGAAAUGGGAAUUUCGCUGUGUAUGGCAGGAGAAGACUACGCUCAACAAUUAUUAAAUGAAUCUAAGCAGAAGCUGGCCGAAGAAUUAAAAGAAAUAAACCAAAAAACCACUUUGGGUAGUGACACCGAUUUAAAAACAAGCGAUGUGGCUGAAAGCAAAGGUGGUACCAAAGAGGAUCUAAAAAAUACUAAUUCUACUCCCAAUAUAAAAGAGGAAACGGUCCCACAAAAGUCGGUGGAUGAAAUAGACGACAUUUCGUUUAACUUAGAGCGUUUGCAGUCACUAGCUUGUUUGCAGGUAGGCGAGCGUAUGCAGCGUUUGGAACGACAGAAGCUAAUAUUAAAUGCUUGUGGUGCACAUAGUCGUGCUCUAAGCGCUCGGCAAGACUUAAAAUUACGUAGGCAGAUGUGCAAUUUACCGGCACGCGAGUAUGGCUUCUCGCUCCCUGUGCCUAUUAAUGCCAAAAUCAAAGCAAGGGCUUUGGCGGCUUUUCAACGCACAUUAGAAGUUAAAUAAAAUAUUAUAAUCGUAUACAUACAUACAUAUGUCAGCAAAAUUGUGUUUUUCGGUAUAAAAUAAAGUUCAAAAUAUAAUAAACUCAAA